UGGAGCGUUUGAGCGACAGCAAGAAAACCCGCCCUCAUGUCUAAAGUCUGAUUCCUGAUUGGUACGGAGCUGUGAGUGAUGGCGGGUGCGGGGCGCGCCCCUUCUCAAUGCUCCCAACCCUGGUGUGGCCCCCACUGGCGCUGCGGAGCGACUUAGGAUAAAUUGGCUGCACUUCAGCGAUGGCGAUUGCGGCAAGGGCGCUACUCUCGGCCGCUCUCGGGAGCACUAGGGCAGCAGGCGGAGGCGGCUUCACCGGGCUAGGUAUCAGCAGGCAGCGGCAGCCUCAGCGGACGGUGUGCCAGAGAUUUCCAGUGUGGAAUAGUCAGCGGGUAUUGUACUGCACCAGUUCCUCUGUGCCCUCUAAUGAUGUAACUGUUGCUUACCAGAAUGGAUUACCUGUCCUCUCGCUUAAUCUACCGUCACGGCGAGAGCGCUGCCAGUUCACCCUCCGACCCAUCUCGGACUCCGUCGGGGUGUUUUUGAAGCAGCUGCAGGCGGAGGAUAAAGGCAUUGACCGAGUCGCCAUCUACACUCCAGAUGGAAAUCGAAUAGCUGCAUCAACAGGGAUCGAUAUCCUGCUCCUUGAUGACUUCAAGUUAGUGAUAAAUGACGUAGCUCACUAUGUGCAGCCACCAAAGCGAGAGAAAUUGGCUCAUGAAGAAGCAACGUCAAUGAAUGAUGUUAAAAUCCUCGUCCAGCAGCUCUUCACCACUUUGCGCAUCGAGGAGCACCAGCUGAACAAGGAGCGGGAGCUGAAGAGGCGAGUGGAGGAGCUCCAUGCUCAGAUCGAGCCGCUAGAGAAAGUCAAGUUGGAAUUGGACAGGAAGGCGGAGAUGCGAUCGACCUGGGUGCUGUGGGGCGGGAUGGCCUUCAUGGCGACACAGUUUGGGAUCUUGGCUCGCCUCACCUGGUGGGAAUAUUCCUGGGACAUAAUGGAACCCGUCACCUAUUUUAUCACCUAUGGCAGUGCAAUGGCGAUGUAUGCCUAUUUUGUCAUCACACGGCAGGAGUACAUUUAUCCCGAUGCCAGAGACAGACAAUACUUGCAUUUCUUCCACAAAGGAGCCAAAAAGACGAAAUUUGAUAUUGAAAAAUACAACAGGCUCAAGGAUGCGAUUGCUCAGGCUGAGUUGGACUUGAAACGUCUCCGGGAUCCACUCCAGCUCCAUCUCCCCAUUCAGCCCGUCAGUGACCAAGAGUGAAGAAUGGCAGAGGUGACACCACCAUCCCCCUGUCCCUGCCACUCCCACCGACCAACCCGUGGAAUGUCUGGAAACGCUGAGACCAUGGCACUCUAUACCUUAUCAAAGCCAAACCCCUGCGGGUCCUCAGGGUCCUACUGGCUGUGGGGAUGGGGGUUUGAGAUCACAUUGAGAUGUCAGGUGCAUAGCGGAAUCCGAUUAUGUGGAAACAACAGUGCCGCUUUUCCAAGUGAUGGCGUGUGGGCGGAUCGGGAUGCACGUUUCCUCUGCAUUUUUUUAAAAAAAAUUUAUUUACACCAUUUAUUUUACUGUUUAAUUCUGUUUUUGUGCAGAUUUUACAAACUAUCAAUUCAUCUGACAUUGCUGCACUCAAAAAUAAAAUAUGAAAAGGGCAUUGUGUGUGAAAAUGUUAUAAGAAAGAGCAAUGUAAUUCUGACAAUAAAUAACUAUCAUUGUUGUUUUUUGGAGCUAAUUGGCCUGUUGCCUUUGGUCACUGGGUGAGAUGGUUUGUUUUUUCUGGUAUGAUACACGAUUGGGAAAGAAAGAUGGUUUGGCUGCUCUUGCUGCCUUUUCUAAACAAGCUGUUUCAAAUCAGUGGGGAAAGAGUCUUGUGUGCUCCCUUUCUCAAAGAGGUGAAUGACUUGUAGCUGUUUUGGCACAGUGAGUAAGUAUCUCUUGGAGGUGAUCUUGGAAGUGAACCUCGAACCAAAGCUUUACACUGACUGGAAUGAUUCUUACUAAACUUGGCAAAGCUCGGUUCACUCCCCUUUUACAAAUCUUUGCAUCUCAGCACAUUCUGCCUCAAGGUACAUGCCUGUUGAACUUAACCUAGUAGGUGGAUGGUGGGUAGCAGGAAAAAGGCUCUCAGUGCACAAUCUUGUCCACGUUAAUCAGGUGAGCAGUGGCCCGCUAAACAAGGCAGACAGAAUGGGGCAAAAACCAAUUUAGGCUCUGUACACGUUUCCCAUCUUGAAUCAUUGCUAAAGUGAAAUGCAUUUAUUUUUAAAGCAAUUAAAGAAAUGAUAAGCCCAUUUAAGAGGUA